CUUGGCAUACAAUGCACACCAUCAUAUUCCCUUCUGUUUAUUAAAAUUUGAAAACAAAAACAAAACCCUGUUUUUCAUAAACAAAAACACAUCAGCAGGGCGUGAAACAAAAUCAAAUUCCAUUGAAUUGAAAUCUCUCUCUCUCUCUCUCUCUCUCUCUCUCUGUAUCAUCGAUCCACCGAUCGAAGCCGGAAUCUCCAAGAACGGGUUGGUGCAUCUCUUCGCCUAUUUCUUCUUCCCGAUCAAUUUGUUUUCGCUUUUGAUCCAAAUUGCUUGGAGAAAUCAAUUUCCGUGGUUUCUAAAAGCAACUCCUCGAGUUUUCUGCAUUGCAUAUUGGUGCUGAGAAUAUAGUGAUCAUGAGGUAUAAAAAGGGGAGUAUUGUGGAGGUCUUGGGCAAAAAUGAGUUGCCAUCAGGCUCAUGGCGCUGUGCUGAGAUAAUCUAUGGUAAUGGACACAACUACACUGUUAAAUACAAUCUGGACUCUGGCAACACCAGCGAGGCAGUUGUUGAACGGGUAUCUAGGAAGUCAAUUAGGCCCUGUCCUCCUCCAGUGGAACUGUUGGAGGAUUGGGUUCCUGGUGAUAUUUUGGAGGUGUAUCACAAUUUCUCUUGGAAAAUGGGAAUCGUGUCUAAGUUAUUGGGGAGAAAAUACUUUUUGGUUAGGUUAAUUGGAUCAUCCCAUGAGUUCAAAAUCAGCAAACUUUACCUUCGGGUGCGACAAUGUUGGCAUGGUAACAAAUGGAUCGUGAUUAGAAAGAGCUUUCAUAAAUCUGAAGAUGGAAGCAAAUACAAUCAAAUGGUGAGUCCUCAAGCUAAGAAAAAAGAUAGGAGGAUGAAUUUGCUUGCAAAAGAUGAACUUCCUGCUAGGAGCAAGAACUUUGAGGAAUCAUAUAUCAUUCCUUCUAGGACUCUGAAGAGAGCACUUCCUAAUGGCAAUUUUCAAGUUGAGGCACCUGUGAAAUUUAGAGCGAUUGAGAAAGAAGACAGGCACCGUCGUUUUCUUGCUGAAAAUCAAACCCCUUUACCUGUAAAGGUAGACACCGUUGCUUCCUUGCGAGUCAUGAAGGGUGAAAAACACAUACAUGCUUCUAUUAACCACAGAACAGCUCACUUAACUGAAGUGGAUGAGAGGGAGAAAUCAAGUGGAGCUCUUGGGUUUUCGCAUGCAAUUAGGACUGAAGUAGGAGGCUGUACUCCUUGCUUCCAAAUCUCUAGAGAUGAUCCUGGGGUGCUUCAUUCCUUGUUCAUAGGGCACCUUUGAGCCCUGGAUGUGUUCUUCCAAAGGAUGUAGAACUGGAAUUAUGUGGCUGCAAGGGAUUCCCUGAUAUGUGGCUGCUUGGAAGGUUUUAGUUUGGACCUUUAUUUCAACUCAUCUAUAUACUUUUAUCUUGUUCUUCUACCUGUUUAUUUUCAUUUGUUGAGUUGUUGUGGAUAUUAUAACUUCUAUAACCUAUGAAUAUUGUUUUGAUAUAUUGGAUGACCAUCUAAUGAUGAUGACGGGCAUCUAUAUAUAUAUAUAUACAUAUAUUUUUUUUGUUUUUCAGAAAUUUGACUGUAAUAUUGUGAAAACAUGCAUAUAUCAUUUUUUGACAAGUCAAGAAGCAACAUGCUUAUCUAAAAAGAAGGCUAGUAAAAAAAAAUCUUUCCUGCUAGCAAUGGUAGAAUUUUGAUGCGCCAAGUAUAGGAUUGCAGUCUCAAGUUUGAAAGCGAGAAGCAAGAUUAGAUCUAAAACUAGACUUAACCUUCAUUAACUGGGGCCAACAUUAGACUGUUCUUUUUGGUAUUUUAUAAUCUCUAUGAUGAAUUUUGCUCCAAGGUUUGGAGGGAGGAGCUUGAUGAAUUGAAAUUUGGUGCCUUUUCAAAGAAUGAGCUAGUUAUCUGUUCCAAAGAUUUGGUACAGUAAUAUCCUUGUUCUUGCUAUCACCAUUUACUUGUGUGACCACAUUGCUGGGAUCCCUUAGAUUGCAAAUAUGCACAAAGAUCAACCUUCAUUCCAUUACAUCUAGGUACUAUUAGAAUAUCCAUUUCCACUUCUUGCUUUAUUAUGAUGGAUAUUGAUGGUGCUUUCUAAUUUUGAGUUGUUUAGCAGUUAUGUUUCAAAUGUGUUGAUCAAUUUGAGAAGCCAUGUUGCAUAGCACUGUGGACAAAAAUGGAAAGAGCUGACAAAAAAUGAACACGCUAAAGAUGACAAAUUCUUGAAAAAGUUCUAGACUUGCACAAUGCGAAGGCAUCGCAAUUCAUGACAGGUACAUGAAUAUGAAAGCAAAUUUAUAUGCUUCUCUAUUUAUGCUUGAGUUUAUAGUGGUAGUAUAACUCUAAAGAAGCAAAAAGAAAGAAACUUUUUGUAGAAAGCCUAAAUUUCUCCAUUAUCAGAAAGAAUUGUUUUUAUUUUAUGUAUCCAGUGUUGGACAAUUAGAGAGUGAACCUUAGUAGCAAUGGUAAAGUUGCUCCUUUGUGACUAGAAGAUCAUGGGUUUCUAGAUUGUAGAAACAGCCUUUUUGCAAAACAAAGGUAACUUGAGUACAAAGAUGAUCUUUUCCCAUUCCUCACGAAUUGGAGAGCCCUUGUGUUCUGUGGGCCUAUCAUAGUAGUGUUGGUGUCAAAUAUCAGCUGAUUUCUGUUUGGCAGUUUUUGUACUUCUUGGUGACAAGGAAAUACACAUUAUUGUUAUUUAAUGUUUUUUACCAACACAACUGAUAUGAGAGUGUUGUUGUAGAUAUGCUAUCAUAAAAAUAAAAAAGAAGGUUGAAGCAGAAAUGAAAUUAUCUAUAAGAUAAGAUGUGUGAAAUUUCAUUAAGAUUGUUCAAAUAUGUGAAAGAAGAUUAUGGAUGCACCUAAAACAACAGUGGAGGAAAUGAUAGAAAUUAAGUUUGAAAAAAAGAGGUAAACAAACACCAAAACGUUUAGACAUGAUGUAAGAUUUAGUAGCCUUACAAAAGAUACAAUUAUAUAUAGGGAUGCACAAGAGCUAGAAUUCAUAUAGUCAACUCAUCUAGCGAGAACACUUGUAAUGAUGAUGGUUAUUUAAUGUUUUUUUCGCAUUAGUCAAUAGUGUCGUGGACUCAUUUGUGCCAUUUGGAUAGCUUUUCUAUGAGUGCUGAUCAUUUGUUUAAGCUGAAAGUCCUUCUUAACUUUUAUCCAUAUGCAUCAGAAAUGGUGCAGAUUUCUUUUUAUGGUCAGUAGAGUUCAAUAUUCGUCAUGGUUAAACAUCUUCUUUGAUGUUCCAACGUGUCUCAUCCUUCUUUUUCACUUUAGUUUAUGGGUCUGAAUCUUGUAAUCUUGAUCCUUGUUCAACCUACCUAAGAUGCUAUGGUGUAAGUUUUAUUAGUAAGCAUGGUUUAACUGGAUAAUUUUAUGAUAAUGAUUGAUGGGUGAGAUUUUAUGCUGAGAAACCAAUUCUUUUGUACAUGUUCUUUUUGAAAUAAUAUGAUAUAUGUUGAUAGAGCAGAAUGAGAAAAGGGCUGUUUGAGAAGCACUUCAUCUCCCCAAUAUUCAGCAAAACAACUGUCAAAAAUGGUCAGGAUCUCUCACCAUCUGCAUGUUUUUCUCUAGCCUAUAUCUAAGGCGGGUCACAUUGGUAUGCACUGAUGGUAAAACAUGGCAUUAUUUCCCCUACGCUGUAUCACUUUUUUGCAUUUCCUUGUGAUGGUGCUUUUGUAAGACACAGUGAUUUCUUGUAUUUCUGCUGCUCCGAGCAUUAUCAGUCUGGGUAAACUUCAACAAUAAUAAUAUAUGAAGUCUUAAUUUCACUAUGUGGAGACAAUUUUUUAUCUAUAACCUUAUAUUAUAUAAGACUCUUAUAACUCAUAUUAUAAUUAAGGAGUUCCUCGGGAAAUUUUGUUAAGCCUUUCUACCCAUUUUACCCGAAAAAACCAAAAAUUUUCAUCGCAAGAGUUAUGAACUCCACUUCCUAGGCUCUCAGACAUCUGUUACUAAAAUUAUUGCCAGCAGUGACAUCAGACUUUUUGUUUCCCAAUACAGCAGGUCUGUGAUUGUCUCUGCUCUGAUGGUGUAGUUUUUAAAUGUCAGGUUUCCAGUUCAGUGAAUUAGAAAAUGUUAUUGAUCAUGCGAAAGGAAGCCUAUCUACUUUUUUACCCUUGUAUCAUAAUAUUGCCCACGUGACAGUGUUCAUUUGGUUCUUUCCGUACAAAUACGAUUAUUGCCAUACACUCGCAGAGCAGCGAGCCAUGCAUGCAUCUAGACCGCCCUUUUUUCCCUUUAGUAUUAUGCUAUAAUGUGUAAAAACGUGGUGUGUGAGAAUCAAGAAUUCUGUUACAGAGAGAGGGUGAGUAGAAAUUCGGUAAUUUCCAAGUGUUAACUUCAUAUUUUUGGGACAAGAAGUUGCCCAUUAUUCUUGAAAAUUGAAGCUUUGAAUCCUGAUGCAGAAUAUGAUAGAAUUUACUAACGGCUCUUUCGCUUACAGCAUUGAAUUCUAGAAUCAGAA